AUGUGGCCCCUCUGCGUCAUCUCCGAGAAGCUCUUCAAGAUGGCGGGCGACGACGGCGUGCAGGGGGCGGCGGGCUCGCCGUCCCCCGACGGACAGAUUCCACUAGCACGCCGAUCGUACUACGUCGAUGUUCCGCAUGUGCAGCAGGCCUUCACCUGGGACUGCGGCCUCGCUUGCGUGCUCAUGGUGCUUAGGACGCUGGGGAUUCAUUGCUGCGACGGCAUUGCCGAUCUCGAGAGGCUCUGCCGCACCACGAGCAUUUGGACGGUUGACUUAGCAUAUCUGUUAAACAAGUUUUCAGUCAGUUUUUCUUUCUUUACUGUGACUCUUGGAGCAAAUCCACAGUAUUCUGCUGAAUCCUUCUAUAGGGAGCAAUUGCAAGAAGACAUCAAUCGAGUGGAUGAGCUAUUUGGGAAGGCACUUGAUGCUGGAAUUAGUAUCCAGUGCAGGUCCAUCACCGUAUAUGACAUUGCUUUUCUACUGCUGUCUGGGCACUGCAUUGCUAUUGCUUUAGUGGACAAAUCGAAGCUAAAUUUGCCUUGCAUGAGUGAUCAUGAUGUGCAACAGCUCAACGAGGAGUCAGACUACAUGGGGCAUUAUGUCGUAAUAUGUGGGUAUGAUGCUGAUGAUUGUGAAUUUGAGAUAAGAGAUCCUGCGAGUUCCAGGAAACGCGAACGGGUGACAAUGAAGAGCUUAGACGAGGCCCGCAAAUCCUUUGGAACAGAUGAGGAUAUUCUCUUGGUCUCCUUAACCGGAAAGAGUGGAAUGAAGCUCUCUCGUAAACUACUGGCCUGCUCCAUGUAA